CACGGAGACUGUGAUUCCACUGAGUGGGGACUGAGGUGUCCCCGCUCUUUGGGACCAUCUAUGAUGCUGUUGUCCUGCUGGCCCAUGCCCUGAACCGCUCUGAGAGCCAUGGGGCAGGACUCUCGGGGGCCCACUUGGGAGACCAUACAGGGGCUCUGAAUGUGGCUGGCUUUAGCCAGAGGAUCCGGACGGAUGAGAAGGGCAGGAGAUUGGCUCAGUACGUCAUCUUGGACACAGAUGGUCAGGGAAGCCAGCUGGUCCCCACCCACAUUCUGGACACAGGCACGUGGCAAGUGCAGCCCCUGGACAGGGCCAUUCACUUUCCAGGAGGGGCCCCUCCAGCACGUGACUCCAGCUGCUGGUUUGACCCCAAUAUGCUAUGCAUGAGAGAUGCACAGCUCCCGGGGAGCUUCCUCGCUUUUGUCCUGGCAUGUGUCCUGUUGCUGGCUGGCGGGACCCUCACUUGCCUCAUCAGAUUGGGCAUCCAACAGCUACAGCUGCUACGGGGCCCCCACCGGAUCCUGCUGACAGCCCAGGAGCUCACCUUCAUCCAUCGGCCGCCAAGCAGACGGAGGCUGCACGUGGACAAUGUGAGUGAAUCAAGAAGUGUGGCAGAUGGCGGGAGCCUGAGAUCGGUGGCCCAGGGGUCAGCAAAGAGCCUGCCGGCCCCCCAGGAGCCCACCAAUGUGGCCCUGUACCAGGGGGAGUGGGUGUGGCUGAAGAGGUUUGAAGCAGGCACAGCCCCUGAGCUUCGGCCCAGCUGCCUCAGCCUCCUGAGAAAGAUGCGGGAGAUGCGGCAUGAGAACGUUGCUGCCUGCCUGGGCUUCUUUGUGGCCCCUGGGGUCAGUGCUCUAGUGCUGGAGCACUGUUCCCGGGGCAGCCUGGAGGACCUGCUGCGGAAUGAAGCUCUGCGGCUGGACUGGACUUUCAAGGCCUCUCUGCUGCUGGAUUUGAUCCGUGGCAUGCGGUAUCUGCACCAUCGACAUUUCCCUCACGGACGCCUCAAGUCCCGAAACUGUGUGGUGGAUGGGCGCUUUGUUCUCAAGGUCACUGACCACGGUUAUGCAGAGCUCCUGGACGUUCAGCGGGCUCCCCGCCCCCGGCCAGCCCCAGAAGAGCUGUUGUGGACGGCUCCAGAGCUGUUGCGGGGGCCCGGGGCGCCGGGACGGGGCACCCUCAAAGCAGACAUCUUCAGCAUCGGCAUCAUCCUGCAGGAGGUGCUGACUCGAGGCCCACCCUACUGCUCCUCAGGGCUCUCCGCAGAAGAAAUCAUCAGGAAGGUGGCGUCGCCCCCUCCCCUGUGCCGGCCCCUGGUGUCCCCUGACCAUGGGCCGCCCGAGUGUAUCCAGCUGAUGGAGCAGUGCUGGGAGGAGGCUCCAGAGGACAGACCCAGUCUAGACCAGAUCUACACCCAGAGCUGGUGCUGGAAAUCUCGGCCUCCUGGCCCCAGAGCAAAGAGGUCGUUUGUGGCUGUGGAGACAAUCAAUGCUGGUUCCCCUUGUCCCCGCAGCAAACGUUGCCAAGGAGAGGCUCAGCGAGCAAGAGGGGCGUCCAGACAGUUCAAAAGCCUCAAUCAAGGCAAGAAGACCAGUGUUGCUGACUCUAUGCUGUGGAUGCUGGAGAAGUAUUCCCAGAACCUGGAGGACCUGAUCCAGGAGCGGACUGAGGAACUGGAGCUGGAGAGGCAGAAGACAGAGAGGCUACUCUCUCAGAUGCUCCCUCCGUCUGUGGCUGGAGCUCUGAAAAUGGGGGCAACUGUGGAGCCAGAGUACUUUGACCAGGUUACCAUAUACUUCAGUGACAUUGUGGGUUUCACCAUCAUCUCAGCCCUGAGCGAGCCCAUUGAGGUGGUAGGCUUGCUCAACGACCUCUACACACUGUUUGAUGCUGUUCUGGGCAGCCAUGAUGUGUAUAAGGUGGAGACCAUCGGGGAUGCCUACAUGGUGGCCUCAGGGCUGCCCCGGCGCAACGGGAGCCGGCAUGCGGCCGAGAUCGCCAACAUGGCCCUAGACAUCCUCAGCUCUGUGAGAGGCUUCCGGAUGAGGCACGCGCCCGAUGUACCCAUUUACAUCCGGGCUGGUCUGCACUCAGGGCCCUGUGUGGCAGGGGUCGUUGGUCUCACCAUGCCUCGGUACUGCCUCUUUGGUGACACUGUGAACACCGCAUCCCGGAUGGAGUCCACAGGACUGCCAUACAGGAUUCAUGUCAACAGAAGCACGGUCCAGACGCUGCUCAGCCUGGAUGAAGGCUACACAGUUGACAUCAGAGGCCAGACUGAGCUAAAGGGGAAGGGCAAAGAGGAGACCUACUGGCUGGUGGGGAAGGCAGGCUUCCCCAGGCCCCUCCCCACCCCGCUGAACAUCAAACCUGGGGAUCCCUGGCAGGACCUCAUAAACCAAGAAAUCAAGGUGGCCUUUGCCAAAGCGCGCCAGGGUAUGGCCAGGCCCGGGAGCUCGGGUCAGGCCUUCGCUGGGCCCUGAGGAGGAAAACAGUGGGGCAGGGGCCUGUCCCAGCCCAGAAACUCUUGUGCCUACGUACCCCCAAACCCUCCUUCUACUCCGGUCCCCGCAGAGAAUGCUCUUGCCCAGCAACCUGAAAGCCAACAGAGUGCUCGUUAAGAAGUGCCCUAGAGCGAUAUUAACUGAUGCAUUCCAGUAUGAA